AUGAUCAGGUUCAGCGAACCCGUUGUCCGUGUAUCAAUCUCUGCGUACAUUUACUACCAGCUUCGCUCUCUUGAUCCAUCUCUGUCAAGUGCGGAAGUCAUCACGCAGUCCGCAUACCUUCAGACAGCCUUUACCCUCGCGCAGUGUAUAUCUUCUUUGUUAUGGGGCAUGGUUUCAGAUUCACCGAGAGGUGGUCGUAAGCUUGUCAUACUUAUAAGUCUAUCUGGUUCAUUUAUUAGUUGCUCUCUGUUUGGCUUCAUAACUAGUUACAAUCAAGCUCUCAUACUUCGUAUUCUCGAAGGUAUUACAAAUGGCACGGUCGCCAUGGUAAGAACUAUGGUUUCGGAGGUAGUGCGAGAGAAAAAGUUUCAAACCAGGGCAUUUUCGCUGGUACCCAUAGCUAGCUAUAUCGCCGUCAUUGUCAGUCCCCUUGUGGCAGGUUGGACCGUUCAGUUGGGGACGUCAGGGCAUGGGCACGGCUUUGUUAAGGAUCACCCUUAUGCUCUUCCAGCUUUGCUGAACGCUGGCUUCUUAUUUCUUCUCUUACUUGCUACGUUUCUUUUCCUGGAAGAGACGUCAACAUCGCUGCGUGGGAGAUUCGACCCCGGAUUGGCUCUCUCUGCAAGAAUCAAAUCACUCUUUUGCACUGGGGCGUCUUGGAACACCCAAUCUUCGAACUACCUGCUCGUCGAAUCUGACGAUAGCAAUGAAGAAGAAAUGGAUUUUAUGAAAGAGGUGAAUGGCAGCGAUGGGUCGACCACCUCGGAAUCACCCGGUGUUCCCGCUCAACCCAAGUUUGAAGACGUUAGGCUUCCUACUCGCCGGAUGUUUACCACCAAUAUGCUGCUUGUGCUCUUUUCAACCCUGAUAUAUGACUUUCAUCUCAACAGCGUCAGUACUGCUAUGCCCAAUAUGUUGGUCGACCCAGUCUCCAGCAAAGCAGCUGAGGGAUCACGAAUGCUACCUUUCCGCUUCGGAGGCGGCGCUGGAUUUACACCUCAGUCUCUGGCAUGGUACACAACUGUAUUUGGUAUUGUCGGCAUUCCCAUGCAGAUCGUUGUAUAUCCAUAUCUUUCCCAGCGCAUAGGCACCAUCAAACUUUGGCGGCGCUUCUAUCUUGGCUUUCCCCUUCUUUACUUCGCCUACCCUUACGUUGCUAUUAUGCCGUCAUCCACCCCGCCGCCCUCCGAGAAGACCGGUGUUGUCGUAUGGGCAUACCUUGUCAUGAUCCAGACAUUUACGUCAUUCAUCACCAGUGUCGUAACUCCUUCGCAGCUAGUAUUGACGAAUUUAUCAUCCCCACAUCCCUCCGCCUUGGGCAGGACGCAUAGUCUCACAUUUUUCAUGUCGAUGGCGGUUAGAGCUACCAGUUCAGCACUGGCAGGGAACCUGUAUGCUUUUGGAUCAACGCAUAACGCGAGCGGUAUUGUCUUUUGGAUGAGUAGUAUCAUUUCGUGCAUUGGAAUACUCUUGACUCCUUUUGUAAGAGAAGGCGACGGUCACGAGAUUAAGCUACCAGGAGACGAUCAGGACCAGUGA